GUGGCUCCGGUUGUGAAGGAGUUAACGGGGAGGGCGGAACUCUGCACCGGCCGCAGUAGAUGAUCGCAAUAUUGAUAGCGAGAGGUGCAGAGACGCUACAACGCUCGCAGGAACGUAUUGGAAAUACUCUUUGGAUACCAUUUGCAUCGUGACGCGCACGCACUGACCUCGCCAGCGAUGCGUUCGCGUCUUUCUGGAUCAUACAGAGGGAACGCGACGCGAGUGUGGCGCGUCGCGCAGAUUCCGAAGCGGAUACAAAUGCAUUUGUGAAUGUAAUAUUGUAUCAUCGCGUGCAUUCAAACCGGGAUCGCUUACAGAUGCGCAGACGCGGGUCGCAGUGUGCAGGUGGAUGAUGAUGAGGAGGAGGAGGAAGAUGAAUCCAUCUCACCUUUAUUAUUUGAAUGAAUAGUUAUUGAUUUUAUACAGCUGGGAGGAACCCAAAGGCGCAAUGGUCAUAGUUAACACAACAGCCCUGCUCGGGUUCGAACCCGCACCCGCCGGGUCACCCGCCUCCGGUGUGUGAGCAUCCGCGCGCGACAGUCAUGUUGCCCGGGGUGGGUGUGUUCGGCACCAGUCUGACGACCCGGGUCAUCAUCCCUCUGCUGAAGAACGAGGGCUUCUCGGUGAAGGCGCUGUGGGGUCGCACGCAGGAGGAGGCGGAGGAGCUGGCGCGCGACAUGAACGUGCCCUACUACACUAACCGGAUCGAUGACGUGCUGCUGCAUCCGGAUGUGGAUCUGGUGUGCAUCAACCUGCCUCCGCCGCUCACGAGACAGAUCGCCGUUAAGACGCUGGGAAUUGGCAAAAACGUGAUAUGCGACCGAACGGCGACGCCGCUCGACGCUUUCCGCAUGAUGUCAGCAGCCCAGUACUAUCCAAAGCUGCUCAGCAUCAUGGGUAACGUGCUGCGCUUCCUCCCUGCCUUCGUCCGCAUGAAGGAGCUGCUGGAGGAGGGUUACGUGGGCGAGCUCCUGGUCUGCGAGGCGCAGGUUCACGGCGGGAGCCUCCUCGGGAAGAAGUAUAACUGGAGCUGCGACGACCUGAUGGGCGGCGGCGGGCUGCAUUCGGUCGGGAGCUACAUCAUUGAUUUGCUCACGUUUCUAACGGGUCGGCAUGCGGUGAAGGUGCACGGCUUCCUCAAGACGUUCGUCAAGCAGACGGACCACAUCUGCGGGAUCCGGCAGAUCACCAGCGACGACUUCUGCACCUUUCAGAUGGUGCUGGAAGGAGGCGCUUGUUGCACGGUUACGCUCAAUUUUAACGUCCCGGGUGAGUUUCGGCAGGAGGUUGUGGUCGUAGGAACGUCCGGCAGGUUGACGGUCUGCGGGACGGAUUUGUACGGACAGAAAAACGACGGCGAAAGCGGCCAGGAGCUCCUCUUAAAGGACAACACGCCUGUCGGAAACGCGUCCCUACCGGACAAGGCGUUCCGGGACAUCCCGUCUCCGUAUCUCACCGGCACCAUCUGCAUGGUUCAAGCCGUACGGCAGGCGUUUCAGGAUCAAGACGACCGGCGAACGUGGGACGGCCGGCCGCUGACGAUGGCCGCGACUUUUGAGGACUGUCUGUACGCGCUUUGCGUCGUGGACACGAUCAAGAAGUCCAAUCAGUGCGGCGACUGGCAGAACAUCGUGGUGAUGACAGAGGAACCGGAAGUCAGUCCUGCGUACCUGAUCAGCGAGGCCAUGCGGCGCAGCCGGAUGUCGCUGUACUGCUAACGUAGGGCUGGACGAUAUGGCCAAAAUUUAUAUCACGAUAUAUCUCUUCAUUUCGUCGAUACGAUAUA